GCUGCUAAGGCAGGGGAACCUUCGGAAAAGGCACAGGGUGUACGCUAGGACCGGGCUCUGUUUUGUAAGGGGGAAAUGCCUUUGGCAGUUCCAGACCCUCCAGGGGGCACUGCGGAGGGCAGAGGCAAAAGUUCUCCUUCCUUGUCGCUGAGCUGGCAAAGGGUGUUUUUCGGCUUUGGUCUCUGCAUCUUUAAAGCCAUCAGACUCGCGCACACACAUUCAGACUGUCUGUGCACCCUGCAGCCUUAAAAUAACCCAUAUCGCCUAGGCAAUGGAUGAGGAACGGUAACAGGUGCUCCACAUAUUUGCCAAGGCCACCGCGGGGGUGUGAGGUUGCUGCUGUUCCAUCCCUGCCUCACCCUGUCAAAUCGGGGCACUGGGUGGGGAGGUAGGGGUGGAGAGAGAGAGAGAGAGAGAGAGAGAAGGAGAGAAACUUUUCAGCACUGCUUGCAGUGUAGCAACCUAGAUAAGAUCCCAGAGAAGCUGCGGGGAGCUCUCAAAGAAGACCAAGCAUACAGCUUGGGGGCGUUACAAAUUGGGGUGGGGCUCAGCUUCUUUUUAAAGCAAAAUAGAGGCCCUCGAAGAAGAAGAAGAGAGGCAGGGAACGGGGCUAUGAUGUGGCCUAAUUUCUUCCUUCAGGAUGAGGAACAGCGCAUGGGAGCGCGCACCCGGGCAGGGGGCAAGCGGCGCAAGACUCUGACCGACGAGCAAGAGGGGAAGAUCAAGCUGGCCUUCUUUGUGGCCAUUGUGGGAAUGACCCUGACGGUGCUGGCUGUGGGCACAGAAUUCUGGGUGGAACUGAACACCUUCAAACAGAACCACACCGCCAUCUGCGAGGCGGCCCACUACGGCCUGUGGAAAUUCUGCUACAAAAAACUCUGGGUGGAGGAUGUGGAGGAGGAGCGGGCAACCUGUGGACCUGCCGAGCUGCCUGGAGAAGCCAACUGUUCAUAUUUCAAGUUCUUCACCACUGGGGAGAAUGCUCACAUCUUCCAGAGGACAACUAAAAAAGAGCUCAACAUUACAGCCGCUGUGGUGUCCCUUCUCAGCAUCACGCUCAUGGCCAUGGGAUCACUUUGCAUCACUAUGGCUCUGAGUAAAGGGAUUGAAUUUCUCCUGAAACCAGCAUCCAUUUUCUUUAUUAUAUCAGGUAUCAUGGUGCUGGUAUGCUUGGAGGUUUUCCGACACUCGGUCCGGUGGCUUAUCACCUCUGAUGAGACCGUCCCCCUGGAGUACGAAUAUUCCUGGUCUGUGGCUUGUGCGGUGGCCGCUGGAUCCAUCUUGAUCUUCGGCGGGGGCUGUUUUAUCCUUCUGUCCAUCCCAAGCUUGCCCAAAAAGCCCUGGGAAUACUGCAUCAAAGGCAGAAGCAGCACCACCACUUCCUAAAACCCAUUUUGGGAUGGGAGGGAAGACUCCCCCCAAGUCUCUUGGUAUCACUGUGCAACACACAAUCACACACAUAUAUAUUUGUAUCUCCACCCACCUCUAGCGGAUGGGAAGAAUCAACCUUGACCCCUCACACACACACACCCCACACAUCCGCCCUGAUUCUCCAUCUGGACUGAGUUCCCCUCCCCAUUUUGUGACUUGUAAAUAGAACCACUAGUGCUUGUUUUGUUUGGGAUGGGGGAUGGGUCGAGGGUGGGAGGGACUGAAAGGAAAGGGCUCUCUUUGUGAAUGUGGGGGAAGCAGUGUUAAUGAACGGAGCAAUUACGAUGGAAGGGAGGAUAAAGGGCUGUAUUUUAAAACCUGGUUUUUAUAAAUGGCUCAAUGGAGGGGCUGUGCCUUGGAGUUUGUUAAAAUUGCUUUGUCGGUCACAGCCCCUUGACCUCAUGAAAUUCUGUACCAAGCAGAGAAUUAAGUUCCUUGAGCUUAUGUGUGUGCAUAGCACACAAAUGCUCAAACUCAGACACAUAGGUUCGAGCAUCCCAUCCCUGCUGGGCCCUGUGACUGUUACAGGAUGUAAGGAAUCCAUGAGGCUUAUCAACCUGAAAGUUCCCGGGAAUUGCAGCAGGUUACCACAGCAGGGUACCCUGGAGCACAGAGUAAUUUCAGAACCAGUUAUUCCACAAACUUGGGAAAGAUUAUGCUGGUUCCACUGCAGUUUACAGACCUAUUUUCAUUAGGGACAAAACUCUCAAAAAACUAUUUUGCUUACAAAAAAUGACAUUAAAAUUCUCCUUAUCUGAACUUUAAAAAAA